AUGAAAAGUGAACUAGAUGAAAAACCUUUAAAUAGAGAUUUAAAAUUAUUACAAGCGCCAGAACAACAGGACGAUCUUAAUAUGAGUUUAACCUCACUAGCUUUAAGUGAAGUUCCCAGUGAUGUUAUAAUUAAAACAAAUUUAAUAUAUGGAAAUAAGAAAUCGGCAUAUAAAGCCUUAUUAACAGAAUAUUCCAAGAAGACUUCAGUACAUGGCCUAAAUUAUAUAUUUGAAAUUCAUCGACCACUUUAUGAAAAAUUAUACUGGAUUAUUUCAAUAAUUAUAUCUCUAUGUUUGGCCAUUUGGUAUAUACGUGAAACAUAUGUUAAAUGGUCAAAUACUCCAACCGUAUUGGGCUUUGAUGAAACUCUUGUGAAAAUUCAUAAAAUACCAUUUCCAACUGUAACCAUAUGUCCGGAAAACAAAAGAGAUGUGACUAUUUUCAAUUUUCCCGAAGUGAUGGAUUUGAUAUGGUCUGAAAUUGAAGAACAUGGCAAUUUUCGAAACCGACUGCCCUUCGAUGAGGAAAUAUUACAAAAAUUUCUAACAACUUUGCAAACAUGUGACCAAGAAGUUAUCAAUCGAUUCUCCCCCUAUAUGCCUACCAAAAUGAAUGUUAGUGUGGUGGAAAACUUACUGAGUAUGGUCUCAGACACAGAUAUAACUAUGCAAAUGUGUAGAUGGAAUGGAAUUGAUAAUAUAGGUUGUAGUAUUCUUAAAAAGGUGAUUACAGAUGAGGGUGUGUGCCAUCAAUUCAAUGGCUUACAGCAUCAAGAUCUUUACAACAAUCCAGAUUACAUUAGCUAUAAAGAGGAUAUAGCCAGCAGUUUUAAUCAAACCGGAAAAUGGUCAUUAGAUCAUGGUUAUCAGGGUCAAGGUGUUAAUGCAUAUCCUCAAAGAUCCAUUUUAUCAUCUGCCCGUAAUGGUUUAUACGUUGUAUUAGAUACAUUUGAGGAUGAUUUUGAUUAUGUAUGUAAACGUUUUAGGCAAGGUUUUAAGGUUUUUCUAAAUUCUCCAGAAAGUGUACCAUUAACAACGGGAAAUUACAUUUUGGUUCCCAAUUCUCAUGAAGUAAUGGUAACACUUCUACCUCAAUAUAUAACCUCUCAGGAUAGUUUAUUAUUUUUUGGACCAGAAAAGAGACAAUGCUAUUUCAAUAACGAACGAAAUUUAUACUUCUUUAAGUUCUACACACAAAAUAAUUGUCAAACUGAAUGUUUAACUAAUUAUACUAUAGCAAAAUGUGGUUGCGCCAAAUUUUGGAUGCCCAAACCCUUAGGUAUUCCUGUUUGCGAUCUAUCUAAGGUGACCUGUUACACUAGUGCCGCCCAUGAGUUGGAAGUAAUUAUAGCAAAACAAACCGCUCAAAGAGCUAUAGAUUCCACAGUGAGAAUAAUGUGUGAUUGCAUGCCAGCCUGUAAUUCAUUGGAUUAUAAUUUCGAAAUAACACGUGCAUAUUUAGACGCCAAAGCAACUAUAAAAGCUUGGCGUUCCAACUAUAGCGAUUCUAUUACAUCUCGCCUGACCGUUUACUAUAGAGAACCGCAAUUUACUGCCAUCAAACGCACUGUGAUUUACGAUAUCACCCAAUUAAUUGCCAAUUGCGGUGGUAUCUUUGCAUUGUUUAUGGGAGUUUCGAUGUUAAGUUUAAUUGAGAUUAUUUAUUUCUUUUCGGUACGUUUAUAUAAUAAUUUCCGUAAGCGAAAAUUGAUUCAAAAGAAAUUAGAAGAGUUAGAAAUUCCGAUUUCUACUUGUUCUUAA